AUGAUAGGUAAUCGACUGGUCAUUGGCCUGGACUAUGGCACAACCUACACGGGCGUCUCGUUCUGUGAGACCUCGGACACCGGUGUGAUAGGUAAGGACAUUGAAGUCGUGAAAGACUGGCCAUCUCGACACACCAAGAUCGGCACAAAAGAGAAAGUCCCCAGUGAGAUCGCGGUGUCGGAUCGUUCGCAUUGGGGCGCCCUCAUUGCCUCGAACGAGCAACGUCACAUGUGGACAAAACUUGAUCUUGAGGGUUCUCAGGUCGGUGAAGCGGCCAAGAUCUUGCAAGAGCUGUCUCUAUCCACUCAAGGACCCCACGAGCAACCCGUCGAUAUCGUUGCAGACUUCCUCACUCAUGUGAGGAAUCACUUGGUACAGAACUUGGACAAUCAGUACGGAAAGGAAUUAUGGAGAACAUUGCCCAUCACUCUGGUGGUGACCGUUCCUGCAGUCUGGUCAGAUGCUGCUAAAGAUCGCACGCUACAAGCUAUUCGCAAGGCUGGCUUCAAUGCGACAGGAUUUCCCAAGCUGAAGAGAACUAUCACUGCGACCGAACCAGAGGCUGCCGCUAUCUACACUAUCCAAUCGCUUCGUGGAAGUGUUCAGGAUGAACAGUUCGCCAUCGGUGAUGGAUUCAUUGUCUGUGAUAUGGGGGGUGGAACGGUGGAUCUUAUCUCAUACCGUGUAUCCGACCUCGAGCCAACGACCUUGGAGGAGGCAACCAUCGGCAGCGGUGAUCAAUGUGGCGGCAGCUUUGUUGAUCGUGGCUUCAUGAAGUGGUUAGAACGUCGACUGGGUACCACUGACUUCGUCAAGAUCGCUGGUAGCAGGAGCGAAGAUAUUCCCCGUACGUUACUUUCCUCAAAGCUAAGCCGUAUGGUUCAGGACUUUGUCUUGGAGGCCAAGAGUGGUUUCUCCGGAACCGAGACAAACUACCUGCGUCUUCCAGUACCUCUGAGUGCCAUCGAAGAUGAUGAGUCGAGGGGCAUUGUUGACGGGGAAAUCGUGAUCACCCCGGAAGAUAUGAAGGAAAUGUUCGAGUUCCCUCUUCGCCGAACGUACGAGCUUCUUCUUGAGCAGAUGCGGCAAGCACGACAAGGCGGCAAGAUCACCAUCAAGUAUGUCUUCAUGGUUGGCGGGUUCGCAGAGUCCCCGUAUAUCUAUGAUAAAAUCAAAUCUUUUGCAGAAAGCAACGGUAUCCAGGCGAUCAGGCCAGCAUAUGCGUGGUCUGCCGUAGUGCGAGGAGCAGCAGCCAAGGGUCUUGAAGGCGAUGGUCGCGCACCGAUCAAGAAUCGCAAGUGUCGUAGGUUCUAUGGCACUGCUUUCAGUGCGCUCUUCGAUCCCAACCUUCACGAUGAAGCGGAUGCGUUCGUUGAUAAAUAUGAUGGCAUGAUGAGGGCGCGCAAUCGGGUAGAGUGGCUGCUCAAGACAGGACAGCAGCUUUCGACGUCCGAAAUGACUCACGCGAAACUUCAAAUGUGUGCGUACCUCUGGCCUCACGAUAUCAGGGAGAGAACUGUGAAUCUCCUGGCCUCAGAUGAGACUGUGGCUCCGAGCAGUUCGUACUGUGGGGUAAGUAGGAGACUCUGCUACACAAGCUGGGAAGUAUACACGGUAGCUAGGCUUCAUGUUGAUCUACGAAACGUACCCAAGCACUUGUUCGUAGCCCGAAGCUCUCCUUCAGGCGCCGUCUACCAUCAACUCAAGUAUACAGUUGAGGUAUCUCUACAGUCCUCGCUGGAAUUCUUCGUGACGAUCAACGGAUCCCGCUACGGGUCGGUGACCGCAACGUAUGCUUGACUGGUGAACGAAAGGGGCCGUGUGUGCCGGAGACGACAUGGGUGUUUGAUGAGCAGGCAACAAUGCGGUCUACUUUGUUUAGAUUCUGCAAUGUCAUGCUGGAUGUCGAUACACUUUACGAAGCAUGGAAGACUCACUAGAAGGGUUGAUUAAUAGCGACGUCUAUGACCGUCACAAGUUCCGCCGAGCUUCUAUCAGAGUUCUUCCACAUAGUUGACAAAACAAACAUGCGCUAUCCCUAGAGCUUCUUUCCACCUGUUUCAGAAGUAGAUAGUGACCAAAUCAAAAAUGGCAAAACAUGUGCAACCCUUCCGAUAUCCCCACCUCCAAACCUUCCUUGCUGCGCCUUCAUGCCCAUUGUCCCCAACAUGUCCGACUCAGCUCACAUUUCCCGCCAACCACACCUCUCAAAUGCG